UGUGGCCCUCCCCAACCUCUCGCUCUUCUUUUGCACGCAACCACACCAUUACAAUACUACAGUUCGCUACCGAUUUUCUAUCAUUUGAUGCAUUCACUGGUGAUCUGUAUGAGCCAGUCAUCUUCACCUAUAGCUGUUGCCAAUCCAACACAUCUAGUGCCAGCCAAAGCCCGACCAUGACUUCUAGAUACCCGCGCGCGUUGAGAGCGUGGAUACAGCCCGUUCGUGGCCCUAUUCCCGGCGCCUACAUCUCUUCCAAGAUGCCACGACAGCUCAUUCCUCCCCGCGUGCAAGCUCCGGCUCUGGCCCGGGCAUUCUUCUCAACAAAGCCGUACCCCGAUCCCACAGCUCCGCUCCCAGCAACCGCUGCAAUGCAGCCCAACACGGAGGCACAAUCAUCACGUCCCCAAGACAAGCCUCAGCUCACGCCCAAGCUUGUCGCAUCCAAAUUCAGCGACGCCCACACAAUCAAGAGAGCCCUCGAUCUGUACAGGCUCAACGACUGGGGCUUUGUCCUGUUCCGCUGCACCUACCGAUCCCAGGAGAAGUGGGACAAGUAUGCCGACCUUGUUCGGGGGCACGCCCGCGACUGCUUCGAGGAGGCCGGGCUGAUGGACGUCUACGCUCGCAUGCGCUGGACCGUCUUCGAGGACCCGGCCGCGCUCGAGGGGGCCGACAUGGUCGAGACGAGCCGCCGGUUCGUGGACUGGGUGGAGCGGGGCCCGGGCGGCCGGGAGCUGGCGGGCAGUGAAUUCUCGCCAGACUGUCCUAACACACCGAGGCACACAUUCUUCUUGCACGUCGACGAGGAGAGCCUGGAGAGCGUGGUGGACGACGCGAGGGCGAAGGAGAAGGGCGGGUACUUUUGCACAGUGGUGAUGGCGAAGAUUGUGUUCUUGAACGGGAUAGAGGCUCUAGGGAAGGGUGAGUAUCUCUGGGUCUGGGAUGGGGGGCGAAGACUGGAAGAGGAAGACAUGGAGGAUAUGAGCAAGCGCGUCAGGAUCGAUGACCUGGUUGGUCUGUAUGCCGACCUCCAAGUCAACCCGCACAUGUGGUAUUACCUCUCGCAGUCUGGCGACAACAUUUUCGGGCGCUGAGUUGCCAACUUAGCUUAUUCGAACCGACCUGCCUUUACGAUGUGCAAUACGUCCUGAAGAGAA